ACCAUGAUAAAGUGUGUGUUGCAACUAUAAUGAAACAGAGAAAGUAGUACAAAAUGUAAAACUUUAUAAAAAAAUAAAAAAUAAAAAAAAUGAAAAUGAAAAUAUUUUGGUCACAUAAAAACAAGUUGAAGGAUUGAGGCUUACAGGCAGUGGAAAAUCUCAUCCGCUGAGAAUGGAGGCAAUUGCUCUCUCUGUCCUCAACAAUCCCACUUCCUUAUUGCUGGGAGAGACUGUAUACAGAUUACUGCCUGUUGCAUCUUGCAAGACACUAUCAUUUCACAAUAAAAACUCGAGCAUCAGAGCUUACGACACAACUAAUUGGGGAGGUAAUCUUUCCUCAAGGAAAAGUUUUUCGGGAAGAGCAUUUGAAGAAGAUGAGUUUAGCACACAUAUAACAUCUGACAGCAAGUCCUCGAGAAGGGAAAAAUUAAUAGCGUUGUUUAAACGCAUCCAGAUCGAAAUCUCUGAAGGAGAAUCAGGAAGUGGGAAUUAUAGCAAGAGUACCCAAUCAAUUGAUGAUGAUUCUUCUGUUGAAACCUCAGUCUUGGAAUUUCUUCAGCAAUCAAGCAGGGAAACAAAAGUUGAGAGUUCAAAGUUGAAGCAUAGUGAAGAGCCCAAUCGCAAGAAACAAACUAGUGGGGAGAAAUCAAUAUCUGUCCCAGAACCUCCUCCUACGAAGUUUACUCGUCCACCUUCCAACUUCGUGAAGAAGUCUCCAAUUCCAUUGACAACAGCAUUGCAAAGCAAUGAAAUUGAGUUGAAUAAUAAAGAGUCAAGCUCAGAAUCUGACAGAGAGUCUUUAAAGGUUGAAGGAAUGAAGCUCAGCGAACUCAAAGGGCUCGCCAAAGAACGGGGUAUCAGAGGUUAUUCCAAAUUAAAGAAGAGUGAGCUUGUAGAACUGCUAAACUCCUAGGUAAAUGUAUAGCUUGUCUCCUAUGAUUGAUGUUCUAGCAUUUUAAGGCUCCAGUAGACAACAAAACGGAGUAAAGCUGACUUUGAUGCUGAUAAACUAUUAUCAUUCUUGGUUUUCUACCUAGCUUUCUCUGGUUCUGUUCAUACAGCCUCAUUGUCAUGCAACAUUUGUUGCUCGAAAUAUUGGCUUUCUUUUGUACUAAUAUCUUUCUAUUUGAAAGUGUAUUCUUGUAUAUAUUCAUUUGUUGAUAUGAUAAUUGGUUUUUUGUGUA